AUGGCCGCCCUCCAGCUCAAGACGGGCGGGUACCGUUCCCCGCCGCAGGUCCAGAGUCCGGCUCCGACUCCAGCACCGCAAGGAAGGGCACAGCGCCGCCUCUCGAAACAGCUGCUCGACAUGGAGCUGACACCGAGCGCGAACCCGCACCACGACGUCCUGCUUAUCUGCAAGACGCACUCGACGAGGAAGGUGCAAGUACGGGCAAAUGGGCAGGUAUUGAGAGCUUGCUCCGACGUCUUCGAUACGAUCUUGGACGAGGUCGACCUCUCCUCCGCCCUACCGAGUAUCGACACGCUGCAGCCCAUCGAGGCCAUGACCGCCUUCAUCACCUUCAUCACGCCGCACGCCCACAAGCACAGCUUCACGGUUGACGAGCUGCUCGAGGUCGCGCGGACAGCGAACGUGUUUUGCUGCCGGCCCUUUGUGUCUGCCAGCGUGAAGCGAUAUGUCGAGAAGGCGUUCGUAGGACCGAUUACGAACAGCAACUUCUUUGCACUGCUAAGGCCGACACACUCCAAAGCUGAUAAUAUAGGUGAGCUUCGCGCUCAUCUCCAAGCUGAUGAGACAGCUAACAGCAGACUUGCACAUCUAACCGCCUCCUCUGAACUCUGGGACAAGGCCCUGAAGGCGGGUCCGAAACCCGGCGCCUUCUUCGCCCCGACACGGCACGGCGGCGAGGUGAAUCCCGCCUGGCCAUCGCCGGAAGAAGCGGCCGACGCAAUGGCCCGCGAACCGGAUGUGUGGCGCGCGCUCGUGUAUCUCGGCAACGAGCAUGCGCUGACGGGGUCUCUGACGGACGUCAAGGUCGUCUAUGAUGGUUAG